CGCCCUGCGGCGGGCCCGCGGGGCACCGCUGGAGCCCCUCCGCGGGAUGCGCCCGUGGGCCGACGCGCGCGGCUUCGCGGCCUCCGCGGGCCCCCACCGCGCUGGGGCGUUCCGGGGCGGCAAGCGCAGUUCACGCCCGCUGAGCCCGCAGGCGGUCGCCUUCGGCGGCCGGCCGCCGCCCCUCGACCAGGGCGCCGCGGGGCCUGGCGGGCCGCCGGCGGCCCGCGGCUCGGCGCUGAGCGCGGUGCGGUGCAGCCCGAGCGCCGUCCGCGCCAGCGACGCGGGCAGCGCCGCCUGCAGCAGCCCUGGGAGCACCGCCUGCGGCAGCAGCGCCGACGGGCACCUGCGGCAGUGCGCCUCGCCGCCGUCGAGGAGCUGCCUGCCGCGCACCGCGCCGGCCGAGGCCGAGGCCGACCUGCACCGCACGCGCCUGCCCGGCGCCGUGCCGGGUGCCGGCGCGGGCGGCUGCGGCGCCGAGAGCGUGGUGCGCUGCGAGCUGCGGAGGCUGGCGGGCCACGGUCCGUGGGGCGCCAGCGCCUUUCCGCUGAAGCUGGCAGGGGCCCUCGGCGAGCUCGUGGCGAGGCUGACCGGGAUGCCCGCCAGCGGGGUGUUGGUUCACGUGUGCCCGCGGGCCGCGUGCGUGACCCUGCGGGGCGGCGGCGCCGUGGGGGCCGCGCAGGCCUUGGCGGCGGCCGUCAGCUCUGGCGAGCUGCAGCGGCAGGGGGCGGGCCAGGGCGUCGCGGUGGCGCCAGCCCUGCGCGACCUGUUGCAGGGCCGGCUCCUCUUCCAGGCGCUGGAGGUCACCUCGCGGCACGAGUGGCGCCUGGAGGACUUCCAGGAGCAGGUCGCGUCCUCCCCCGCGCUCUCGUCUGGCCCGUUCACCAUGGCAGGCGCGAGGCGCCUGUCGCUCAGCCUGCAACUGCACCGCGGGGGCCCUGGCGGCGGCUCGCAGUGGCAGGUGGCGCCAGGCUCUAUGGCGACGCUGAUGCUGUCCUCUCACCCCGCGCCGGUGCCCCGCGUGACGUGUCCGCUCGUCUUUGCGCUGGGCACCGGGGCGCAGUGGAUCGGGCCGUUUGGUCGCCGGGACAGUCAGUUGGUGCCAUGCACCACGGUCUGUGGUGUCGACGGUUUGUUCAAGAGCGCCGACUCUGAAGGAACGCUGCUUCUUGCAGUCGAGGCUGUGCGCAAAGUGGCCUCGGCCGUCUCCUGGACGCAGAUCGAUACGUACACCGCCGAAGAAAAUCAGAAGCUAUACGAGCAGUUUCUGGUGAAGCUCGACCGAGUCCAGGCAAAGUGGGUGUAUGUGGGGUACCUGCGGCAGCUCCAGGAUCAGGGGGAACGGCUCCCGCGGUGGCACGACGUGCCCCAAGACAAGUGUGUAGUGGGCAGCGAAGGUCUACCGCGCGGCCCAAAGGCGUACAACGAGUGUAAAAAGAGGUUCGCAGUGUCAUAUUCCCGGCUGGGCAAAGAACACACCGAUUCAGACGGCAAGAAGCUUCAGAUGUUGUUGGAAGCUCUGGGCAACGUGGGAGCCAGCGAUUACGAUGCUGUGUUCAUCGCUAGUGCAGGGCUCCCCCAAAUACGAGGAGAUGAAGAUGAAAUAAAGCUGCUUGAGGAAACACAGGACAUGCUUCAUAUGAUGUACAGCACUGGACGUAUCCCAGUAGUUGUCCUGCCAGGUUCACAGUACGACGACCAUUGCAUGUGCUUCUGGGAAUUCUGCCUUGCGCUGAGCUUUGGGAAUAUAGCAAAUACAUCGAAUGGAGCUGUAGCGGGCCUCAUUCAUCGUGGCAAGGAAGAACACUGGGACAGCAUCGAAGGGUUUAGGACUGCCCUCUCCAGCAAAUCGUUCACAGACAAACGCGGCAAAGAGAAGGUGAGCGCCAUGUUUGAGGAAACGCUAUUGAAGCGGAGGGCAGGGCCACACUCUGCAAAUAAGGCCAAGACGAAAGCCAAGAGGGCCAAGAGCGUGGCCGAGGAGAGAGCCCGGGCGAACGCCCCGCCCGAGCAGGGCCACCAUGGCAAGUGGCGCCCAGUCCUGGCUGCCAGAGGUGCGCCCCGUGGCGGCCGAGCGCCCUCGACGCGCCUGCCCGACGACGCCUCGGCCCCGGGUGGCGCCAGGCCCCUCUCGCCGGCUCCCGUGCCGCAGACGACGCGGCAGGGCGCGGCUCCGGCGGGGCCGGCAGGGGACGCCGAGCCCCCGGGGCACGCGACGUGCGCAGCUGCGGCCCCGCCCAGGGCUCCCGCCGAGGUGCCCCGCGCGGACGCGCCGCAGGCAGGGGGUGCCCCGUGCCAGGGCACCGGCAGCCGCGAGGUGGAGCAGCGCUCUGGGGCCCUGGGCGCGAGGCUGCGCGGCCUGCUGUCGCGCUCCGUGAGGGCUGGCCACCUGCGCGCGGCGCUGGUGCAGCAGCAGCAGCAGGGCGUGGGCCCGUCGGCGCAGGCCAGGGCCCCUGCGAGGCCCACAGCGGGCGCGCGACCCACGAGGCCCGCAGCGGCGGGGGCCGCCGAGGAGGCCCUUGCCGAGGGGGCAGCGCGGGAGCAGAGCAGCCCAUGCCUGUUGGCGAUGGCUGUCAAAGCGCAGGUCAGGGACCUGCUGACGAAGAGCAGUGGCGACGGCGACCUCGAUCGGCAUGCCGCUGCAAGAGAGGCGGAGCGCCGCACCGAGGGCCUGCGCGCGAGGCUGCGCGGCCUGCUGGCACGCUCCGCGAGGGCCGGCGACCUGCGCGCGGCGCUGGCCUCGCAACAGCAGCGGGGCCUGCCGCCCACGACGUCCGAAGAUGGCACGGGCCUCCCGAAGCCCGAAGUGGGCGCGGCUGCGGCCACGCCCCGGGCACCCGCCGCGGCGCCUUGCCUGAGCAAGGCGCGGACAAAGGGCGCAGCGUCCCUCCUCAGGGGCAUCCGCAGCGGCGAGGUCGCCCGGAUCGUCGACGCCGCAGAGGCGGGGCAGCGCCCGGAGGCCCUGCGCACGAGGCUGCGCGGCCUGCUGGCGCGCUCCGUGAGGUCUGGCGCCCUGCGCGCGGCGCUGGCCUCGCGGCAGCAGCCGGGCGCACCCCCUCGACGCGGCGGCGCCCGAGGCGGCAAGCGGCCCAAAGCCCCGAGCCAGAAGCCGGCCUCGGCGCCGCCGUCGCCCGGCCGGCCUCGCAGCCUCGCCCGGCCAGCCUCGCCGCCGCCGCCCCGCCAGACGCCGGCCUCGCCCCGCGAGAAGCCGGCCUCGCCGAGCCGGAAGCGGGCCUCGCCCUCGCCGGCGAGAGCGGCACCGUGUCCUCCGCCGGGGCCCCCGCCGAGCGGGCGCCCCUCGCUGCAGGGCAUCCUCGCGCGCCUGGCCGACCCGGGCGGGGCGUUGGCGCGGCUCCGCGCUGAGGGCGAGGCUGGCGUCGACGGCGGCGACAAGGCCCCGGGUCGGGGCGCCGACCCGUCCAGGCUCGGCGAGGCCCUCGCAGAUUCCAGGGAGUUCGUGGGCAGCGGAGGGGGAGGGGGCGGCGUGGCGCCCGCCCAGCGAGGACUCUGCACGGGCCCCAUCGGACGCCCAGAGGCCGCCGAAGCCGCUCGAGUCCUCAAGGUGGUCUGGACCCUGAGCCCCACAAAGAGCGAGACGCAAGUCUUCGAGGACUACCUUCUGUGGCGGUGGCAUCACCACGACCCUCCGCUGGGGCCUCCGCCGGAAGGCAAGGGCUCCAUCGCGCAGCUGCGGCUAAUCCUGAUGGCGCAGGGGGACAGCCAGGAGGUGCUGAAGCAGCUCAGCCUCCUCCCUCGCGAGGAUUGGACGGUCCUCGCCGACGAGCUAGCUAUGACGGGCUGCAGGGGCCAGUCGUACCAGCGGGAUGUCCUGGGGCACGCCGCCGAGCACGCAGGACCAGCGCUGCUGGUGUACUACGCGCCCGCGCUCCUGCAGAAGUGCUGCAAGACGGACGCCGCCGGCGCACUGCAGGUCCUGAGCGAG